AUGUCUUGUCAUAAUUCAAAUAAGAAACCGAAAAGAGUAGUACUUAGUAUACAUGAUAAAGCUGAAAUUCUUGACCGUUUAAAAAAUGGCAAAACAGCAACUUUAUUGUCACGAGAGUACAACAUGGGGAAAGCUACGAUAUGUACCAUAAUGAAUAAUACAGAAAAAAUAUUACAGUUUCAAGCGGCGACUUUAGUGAAUGCAACUUGUAGUAAGAACAAGAAAAUUAUAUCAUCGGCAGAAAACAUUAUAAUAGAAGACGCAAUAUAUUUAUGGUUUAUACAACAACGUGCCAUAGGCGAACCUAUUAAUGGACUAAUUUUGUGUGAGAAGGCUUUACAACUAAAUGAAAGAAUGAACGGAGACGCUAAUUUUAGAGCCAACAAUGGAUGGUUGAAGAACUUCAAAAAAAAAAAAAGACAUGGAGUACGACUCUUGAAUAUUCAAGGCGAGAAAUUAUCGCUGAAUAUGCGGAAAGCUUUAUACAAAAACUAUAUACAAAAUUUCAUGCCGAUCUAG